AUGUGGCCUGCAGCUCUCACACAUGGCUCUUCUUCUGGGCUGUGGGCCCACUCGGACCGUCAUCCAACCCACUGUCAAGCUACCCCGAGGGCCAUCCGUGUACCAAAGAUUCUGGGGGCCCAUGAUCCUGCCAUUCGUCGCACAGAGAUCCUUGGACAGAGGAAGACAGGCAAAUUAUUAAGGUAAAUUAUUUUGAGGGAUUGGGGGUAUAUAUUUCUUUGUGUCUGCACUUAAGGCCUGGGCUUGGGGAGCUGUGGGGCAGCAACGCAGUGAACUGUGCCCUAACUACCUGCUUGGCAAUCAGCUAUCCUUUCAAGCACUUGAAGGAAACCGAGGAGACAUCGUGCUUGGCAAAGAGACUGCGUACACACUGUGGCCGGCCAGUUGGGUGA